CCCUGUUUUUCAUGAGCGUUUCCUUACGCUUUCUUCUCCCGAUGAGAAAAAGUCCCGCACCUACAAAGCAUUUCCGGGGGUCAAACGAUUUCUCGAGCGCUGAUUGGUCACUGUCGUCUGAAAGGUCACACAAACCCAAGAUGGCGGAAUCAGACGAUCUCGAGUUCAACCCGCUGUACAAAUGUUUGCAGACGAGGUUCCGCAAUGAGUUUGAGACUGCUCAAGAUAACUGCUACCUAGUCUGUAUCCCACAAACCGCCUCCUUGGUUGGAAUGUCAAUCAGCCAAGGAAUUGUUGACACACAUCUACUGAAACCCUCCCCCAUGUUAAGAGAUCAUUAUAUUACUACAGACAAGUAUAACUCCAAGACGAUAUCAGUGGAGGAGGGAGUCAUCACGUGCGUCGAAGGAUUCAGGCAACAAGACACUAUAAAAGUCCUGUCAGAAGAACUAGGCUAUAAUAAGAACUACAAGCCUUUCAAGAUGUUGAUUAUCGAGAGACCGCUAGAGGGUGCCAAGAAAGGAAGGCGGGGCUCAGCUGGCUUGUCAGAUGAGUUUCUAUCACCGCGCACGUCAUACGCAGACAAUUGCAAAUUCCUCAAUCUUUUCCAUGAGAACCGGGCCCAACUGAAGGCCAUUGACAUGAAGAUCUCCGAGUUCAACCACACCUACAUGAUCCUGCCUGGCUACCUCAUGGAUGCGGCACGCAAGCUCAGAGGCAUCUGGGAACAUUCCAAAUUGGCGUUCAGCGAAACCAAUAAUUACAUCAGACUACAGUCAGACGGUCGAUUAGAGGAGGCCAUCACAAUGGCUCUGGAAAGCUACAUCAUGGGCGGAGUACACACCAAAGUCUUCAAGGCCAUUUGUCAGCAGAUGGCAGACGAUGACAAGGCACUGUACGGACGGAUUCAGGAACUGCAAGGGGUCAAGGCGGACCAGCUGGGGGUCAUGCAGGAUUUCUGCUGUCCGCUACCAACAGCUGUAGUUGAGUUGGCCAGACUCGACGGUAUAAACAACCCUCAAGAGAAACUACUUUGUCUGAAAUCAACAUUGGAUGGUAUCACGGAUGAGGUGUCCGCCCAUCUCAGGAUGAAUCUUGCCCCUGGCUGCUCUCCGCCUUGCCUCACAUCAGAUGAGCUCAUACCCUUACAGGUCCUGGUGAUAAGCCAAGCCAAGUGUCAGUACCUUGCCAGCAACCUGUACUACAUGGAGCACUUCCAUUGGGUCAACUCAGACCACAACGAUGUCGGAUACACCCUUGUAUCUUUUAAAGCAGCGAUGGAGUAUAUGAAGAACACUGACUUUACUAAAAUCAUGGGAAGCAAAAAACUUAAAAAGGAGAUGACAAUAGAUGAGCUGAUGGCAGCCUACAACUCCAACUUUGACCAAGAUCCGUGGCUUCCGGAGUCAUCGCCCGUGCCUCGCUCCACCAUCGGCAACAUCACCCGCAUGAUGGAGAAGACCUCAGUGUCCUCCGAUUCCGAGGGUCACAAGACAAUAUAUGCAGGCAAACCAGCGAUGACCAAGCCAAGGACCAGCUCCAAUCCAGUUCCUGAUGUGGUGCCACAUAUUGAGAAGCCUGUAUUGGGGGAUUUUCUAUCAGCAUUACAAAACGAUGUCCUGGACUGUACAUACGGAAAGCUGGACUGAAAGGACUGGGGGCAAGUCUAUCAGUGGUCUCGCGCCUUUGUGAAAUAGAGUGGGGGGGGGUUAAAAAAUACCGGCAAAUACAUCUUCUUCUGUGAACAGUGUGUUGUAUUCAUCAUUCAAGUGAGAUUUUCAUUUUUACUCCAACUCAAAAUCGGUAGUGGUUACCUCUUAAACUUGGGUUGUUGAUGAGGGUUUGUUUAAUCAAUAUUUUGGUGGAAACUAAAAACUCCUAAAAGGACAAAGCUGAAUCAGACACUGUUUGUGUUUUUAAUUUUUUGUUUUUGUUUUUUUGUUUUACGAAUCUUCCGCAAACACAAAUUUCAGAACACCGUGUAGAAGUUUUGUUCAGUCAUAAUCUGCAGAUUUACCCGAUUGCGCCAAAUACUGAUAAAUCUUAAAUGCGUGCAAUAAUCAUCAAAUAGACAGAAAUUUCUUUUUGUGUUUUGCAAAAUUAUGAAAUGCAGUAAAAAAAAGAAAGGUGAUUUUUGUGUAAAACAAAUUUCUUUUUAGAAUUCCCCACACACUGAUACAGUUGAUAGGCAUCUGUUAAUAUAUCAUGAACAAAAUUCUAUGCAGCGUAAUUUUACAAUUUUCCUUGCAGUGUUCCUUUCUCUGUAUAUACUUGUAUAUUUUUGGUGUGAAAGGCGAUACACAAGUUAUUGUACCAGCUGCUUUUGGAUAUUUCUGUAAAAUAAAGAUGGACGUUUAUUUCAAUUCUGGAGUUGUAAGGAAGACAAUUUUAUGGAAGACAAUUUUAUGUAUAGAAAGUUUCUUUCUAUUUAAAAAAAGUGGCCUCUUGUUACAUUUUA